AUGUUGUGGUCGAACGAGUUCUUCCAUACCCACCCGACAAGUUGUCCAGAGGCGGACUCCAAAGCAAAAACAGUGUUGUGAAAAAGAAAACCCAUUUGCAAUGAUCGCUUUCAAGUUUCCACUGUGUCUUUAGCUAGGCCUACCUGAAGAUCGACUGCUUCGCUAUUGUUUUUUCCUAUGUAAGGAGCGGAAUCAUGGACUAUGAAGGAGAUUUUCUGAACGACCCAAACGACAAUGUCUCUGGUUGCAUUAAGCCUACAAGAGAGCUGAUAACAAGGUCGACAUUUAAAGUAUACAAGAGACGAUGGUUCGUUCUGUUGGUGUUGUGUCUUCUCAACAGUUCCAACGCUGCACUAUGGCUGACCUUCGCCCCGGUUGCGGACCAGUCCGCCCAGUACCUGCAUGCCACUCUGGACCAGGUCAACUGGCUGUCCCUGGUCUACAUGGUGGUGGCCAUCCCCCUCAGCUUCGGGACCACCUGGAUGAUAGACAGCCUGGGCCUGCGCAUCACGCUGAUCCUUGGCUCAUGGCUCAACAUGCUGGGGGCGCUGUUGAGGUUGUUCGGCACCUUUGAGAGCCUGGGUCUGAGCGACCCGUACCCCCUGGUGAUGUCGGGACAGACGCUCUGCGCCGUCGCUCAGCCCCUGGUCAUCUUCGCGCCCACCAAGAUGGCCGCCCUUUGGUUCUCGGAGAACCAACGUGCCACUGCCAACAUGAUCGCCUCCAUGUCCAAUCCUGUCGGGCUGCUGUUUGCUAACAUUCUCUCACCUUUGAUUGUCACUACCAACGACAGAAUCCCUCUUCUGAUGCUGGUGUAUGCUAUCCCAGCAUGCCUGGUCUGUUUCCUGGCAACUGUGGGUUUAAGGAGUAGUGGACCCCCUACGCCGCCGUCUGCCAGCGCAGAGUCUUCCACCUCUGAGCCUUUCAUCCAGGGCCUCAAACUGCUAUUGAGAAACCGGCCCUACCUAGUACUGUUGGUGUGCUUCGGCUGUGGUAUCGCCGUCUUUACCUGCUUCUCCUCCCUGCUGGAACAGAUCCUGUGCGUGCGUGGCUACAGCAACUUCUUCGCAGGGCUGUGCGGUUCUCUCUUCAUCGUGUUCGGUGUGGUCGGCGCGGGGGUCCUGGGCCUUUUUGUGGACAAGACCAAGAUGUUCACGGAGGUCACCAAGGUCAACAUGGCCCUCAGCGCGCUGGCCUGCAUCGCCUUCGCUGUGGUCUCUCAGAUGCGUCAGCAGGAAGUGGCCGUUGCGGCUGCCUGCUCCCUCUUCGGUCUGUUUGGUUUCGCCAUCUACCCCGUUGCCAUGGAGCUGUGUGUGGAGUGCACCUAUCCGGUCGGGGAGGCCACGUCCACGGGCCUCAUCUUCAUAUCAGGACAGGUGCAGUCAGUUGUCCUGAUGGUGGCACUGCAGGCGUUGACCAGGCCUCUGGCGGACUCCCCCUUCUCCACCUGCUCUAUCGGGGGAGACCCCGCACUCAGCUGGAGGGUGUCUGUUCUGGUGAUGGCAGGUGUGUUUGCAGCGCUGAGCUGCCUCUUCAUCAUCUUCUUCAACUCCCCGUACCGCAGGAUCCUGGCUGAGGCCAAGGCAGCCCAGAGUGGCCGGCCCAGCUUUAAGGCGGACUGCAUCGACACCGUGAGCCAGGCCGUGUGCCAGGGAACACUAGAACCCAGCAUUGGGACCAAAGAAAAUGAAGAACUAGAUCCAGGGAAAGACUGCUAGAACCCGCCAACGUUGUGACCAAGAGCCAUAGUGAAACUUUAAGAAUCAGAGAACUACGGCCGUGGACUGUCUGAGCCAUGAGCAGCACAGGGACAAAGGUUCUAGGACUCGAGAAAAUACACGGAACAUAGACCAAGAACACAGACCAAGAAGGUUUAUUUCUUCAUGCCACUUUGAAACGCCAAAGCCAAAUGAAUACACUGUAUCUGAUUUUACUUGAAGUUGUUCAACUGAUAGUACAUAGUUAUUUUAAAUUGGCCUUCGGGGACUGACUUCCUGCAAAGGGUAUGAGUAUUGGUUUAAAUCUUUUCAGUUUUAGGGUUCCGAACCAACCAAAUUGCAUCAAGGAGGAUCAUUCGCUAAAAUGAGGUCAUGUGGCCAGAAGCUUGUUUUUAUCAGCAAGGUGCAGUUCCUGUGGUGCGUUGUCUGGACUUCUCCUUCUUCACCUGAGGCACAUUUUGCACAAUUCAUCCUUACCUCGGAUUACGUCUUCAUCCCUGCACCCGUCUUCAACUACUGUCAGAACAUGAGAUGAUGUACAACGGGUAACUGUUUUCCCAUGUACAGAACAGUUUGGUACAUCUGGGAUGAGGCAAUGGGACAUGAAGGUCAAUGGCAGAGGAAGAUUUGUUUGUAAUAAUCUACUGUUAUGUCAUCUUCUGGCUCAAUGCACGACUACUGUAUGAUGUGUUGUGUGCUUCUUUCCUAUGAAAAUGUUAUUUCAAGUGUUUUUCUUAUUUUCUAUGAAACUUUUAACAGAUCAAGAAUCUAUUUUUUUAUUGCUAUUUUUUUAAUAGCAGAAUUCACACGUCUCAAACCACUUAAUAUUAAAAGAUUGAAUGGUGAAAUCUGCCUGUUUACCAGACAGGAGGGCCUUUGUUUAUAUCAUAUAUAAUUUCUCGGAUGCCUGUCUCAUCUUUAAGGUACUUGGUGAGCUUGCUCCACCACCACUGUGCCAGUUCAUAAAACAGACGGAUAAGGGCAAUAGAGUAACCAGAGCAACCAUCAGAGGGGACUGCAUAGUACAGUAAAGACGAAGCCAGAUUGGACACAAAGCCUUCUCAAUCAGACCCAACAAUUAUUGGAAGAGUCAGCCCAAUGAAAUAAGGGAAUGCAACGACCAUACAACUUUUAAAAACAAACCCAAAAUGUCGGUAUAAAACCAUAGACCAAAGGCUUAAAUCCAUGAAUAUAAUUUAUAUAUUUUCUUUCUGUAUUCAUACUGUAUCCUUAAUGUGUGUUGCAGUAAAUAUGUGGAGGGAGUAGUGUGAGGUGUCUGCGUCUGUUUGAGGGUGUGUUUAUAUCUUUAACUUAAAUUACUAUUUGAUCUUUUAUCUCUUUUUGUAUUUUAGGGUGCUUUUUAAGACCUGGCUUGGGCCAACAGAUGGAAAUUAGCAUUUGCAGCUAACUCUGGCUAAUUUAUUUAUGAGCAUUGUCCCCAACUAAAUAAAUAAAAUAAUAUAAUUACAAGAAAAAGUACACUUGGAAGUAAAUAUUACCAUGGAUCAUGUACCAUCAAUGUCAUGUCAUAUAUAUCAUCAAAGAGCAUAUUCCUCCACCAGGUGUGAUUAGUUACAGGCCAUUUAAAACUCUUCCCUCUUGUGUCAUCACUAUACUGCAAUUUGGACCAAACUGUUUCAACCUCACAUUGAAAGUUGUUUAAUGUGGCAUUGUACUACUACUCUGUACAUUGUUAAAUGAAAACUCUUUCUAAUCUCGAUACUGUACUCCUAUGAUGGCUGUAGUAGGACAAAUACUUGGAUAACUUUGUACUCUAAAGGUUGAUUGAGUGUCAUGCCCUUAUAGGGAAGCAAAUAAUAGUAUCCUAUCAUACUUUUAAAUGUCAUACGUUAUUUUUAUUAUCUUAAUGAAUAAAAAAUUAAAAUAUUGUGAAAGAUUACAUUUCA